AUGUCUAUAGUUCUGAAGCAGAGGCAUUCACUGUUGGGCAAGAAUUUGCUACCCUUAGCAUUGAGGUUAAAGGAUUUGGCCACAGAUAUUCAGGACGAGAGGGAAUUGGCAAGAUUGAAGAAGGAACAUCCCCUCACUAGAUAUUCCUUAGAAGAAUUAGAGACUGAAUUCAAAAGCCUCACGGGGGAAGAAGCGAAGGAGGUGUUGAGUCUAGUUGGAAAGCAACGGGAUAUCGAUAACGUUCGUCUCCUGAUGCAUGUUGCUAUCUGCAUGGCAAAUGAUGUUGGGGCUCCUAAGUCAACCCCAAUUGCUAGGUCAUCUAUUCUGGUAGAACCUGGUUCACGUCCCUCGACGUCUCAGUCUGUAGAAUCUCGGGAGGGAGAAGUGUCUAAAGAGUCAAAGGAUGUAGAGAAGAAAAAGGAUGACAUUGAGACAAGACUGGAAAAAAUGGAAUCAGCUAUGAAGGAAGUGACAGGGAAUACAGAUAAAGAGGUGAACCUGGCAUUAAAGAACAUUUCUAUUUUGGCAAGCAGGCCUAAGUUGACAGUUCCUGCAGUUAUGUUAGCUGCGGUUGAAUCAUUAGUCGAUAUUGCAAUUUCCUCUGGUCAUAAAGAGGCUGAUUUUUAUGCGAAGGCUUUGCAAACUUGUAGGAAAUUUGAAAAUAAUCCUGAUAUUUUCGGUUUGUGUCAACGUUUGUUUGGAACAGCAGAUGAUAAGAAAAUUUCUUCUGUUGUGGCGGAAUGGUCAAAAAAUAAAAAGUAUUUAGACGAGAAUAAAGAAUCAAAGGAAAAUGUAAAUUCAAUGUCUUCUGCAAGUUUCGCAGGUCCUCAGGGGUCUAAUUUUGUACCCGGUAGUCCAAAUUUUCCGUUUUGGCAAUCUCCCAUGGGAGCUUGGCAAGGUAUGCCUAUGUAUGGGCCAAUGCCGGCUAGGUUUCCUAGACACAGAUCUUAUGUUGGAGGUGCAUGUUAUUAUUGUAAACGCCCAGGCCAUAUGGUGGCCAAGUGCCCAAAGUUGAUGAAAGAGAAGGAUAAGUAGGCCUAUAGUGUAAAAUGAAACAUGAAAAUUUGAUAGUGGCAUGUUAAAAUUUUUUGUAUGUCAUUGUUGAAUCGUCAAUA